GGUGGUGGUGCGGGCGGGGCGAGGCAGGCGGGUUAUGACAGGAAUCGCUGCCAUCUUGCGAAGGGCGCGCUCAAACGCAGCCAUGCUGAGAAGAAAUUUCUGCAAAUAAAUGUCGUGAAUGGGGUGAUAGAUGCUGAAAGAACAGCUAAGCAGACUCCACCAGGACAAUACCCACCAGCUCUUGGGUUGUGCUCCUUCCCUGGUGCACUGAUCCUGCAAAGGUUGCUUGGACUAAGCAGCCGAGCCCAGCAGUCUCUUCUCUGGUUGGCAUCAGAGUUGGAUGAUCCAGGGCUGCCCGGACCAUGCUGUGUUUCUGCUCUUCCCAGUUUGUGCUGCUCCUCCUGUUGCUGAGAGGUACCAAUAAAAAUUCUGCUCAACCAGCCUGUGGCCAACCUGAAGUGAAGCACACUGCUCGUUUAACUGGGUGGCAGGAAGCUGAUGAAGGGGAAUGGCCAUGGACCGUCAGCAUCCGAAGGAACAGGGUACAUGUGUGCGGUGGAAGCCUGAUCUCAUCCCAGUGGGUGGUGACAGCUGCCCAUUGCUUUGACGGGCCACUGAAUGUACGUGAGUACAGAGUAAACCUGGGGGAAUAUGAGCUCCCUGCACCCACGGCUGCCAUGUUCCCAGCCAAUGUCAGCAAGAUCAUAGUGCACCCAUUUUAUGCUGGAGUUGGCCUUAGUGCCGAUAUUGCUCUGGUGCAGCUGGCAAACCCAGUGGAUUUUUCCAGAAUGAUUUCGCCUGUCUGCCUCCCAAAUACUUUUCAACCAUUUGUCUUCUACGGACAGAUGCUGUGCUGGAUUGCUGGCUGGGGCGUCCCCUUUAAAGGAGGUAAGAAUGAGCUUGGGGUCUCGUUAAGUCAGGCUGUUUAUUGGAGAUGGUGGCGCUGCUUUGUGGCUUUAGGAGAGCGUGUCCCAAAGGAUGCAGUCUCCCUAGUUGCUCGGACCCUACAGAAGGUGGAAGUGCUGAUUGUAGAACCUGAAGACUGCAAUGGAAUCUAUCACAACAUAAGUAGUGACAAGACCAUCCCUAAGGACUACAGAUUCAUCUAUGAUGACAUGAUCUGUGCCGGGCAUUCAGAAGUUGGGAAGGAUGCCUGCUUUAGCAGGAUUAUCAUGCUGAGAUUCUGCUGUUCCCAGAUUGUGCUGCUGCUGCUGCUGCUGAGAGGUGCUGAAAAUGCUUCCACACAAAGAGCCUGCGGACGGCCCCACGUGUUCUCCCCUCGGAUCAUCGGGGGGAAGAAGGCGGACGAAGGGGAAUGGCCGUGGCAAGCCAGCAUACGAAGGAACCGGCUGCACAUUUGUGGCGGAAGCCUGAUCUCGUCCCAGUGGGUGGUGACGGCUGCUCAUUGCUUUGAAGGGCCACUGAACCUACCCGAAUUCCGAGUAAAUUUGGGAGAAUACGAGCUCCCCAAGCCUGCACCCAGCAUGGUCUCCUCUGCUGUCAGCCGGAUCAUAGUGCACCCGUCUUAUGCUGGAGAAGGACUUAGUGCUGAUAUCGCCCUCAUGCAGCUGAAGGAGGCAGUCAAUUACUCCCGAACCAUCUCCCCUAUCUGCCUUCCGAGCUCUUCGGAUCCUGGCACCUUCCCUGUAGGGAUGGCGUGUUGGGUUACUGGCUGGGGCCUCAUCUCCGCAGACGGCUACUUCAUGGCUCGGACGUUGCAGGAGCUGGAAGUGCCAAUCCUAGGCACUGAGGAAUGUGAUCAGAUGUUCCACGAGGACUCCAAUGGCACCGAGACUGUGCCUCUGGGCCACCGGUUGAUCUACAAGGACAUGAUCUGUGCUGGGUACCCAGAUGGAAAUAAAGACACUUGCCAAGGUGAUUCUGGGGGGCCUUUAGCUUGCAAGCAGAAUGGCACCUGGUUCCUGGCUGGAGUGGUGAGCUUUGGGGUGGACUGUGCAAAGCCCAAGCGUCCUGGAAUCCACACACGGGUGACUUCCUACAUGAACUGGAUUCAGCGCACCAUGGCUGAGAAAGCAGCCCAUGGUGGCGGUGAUGCCCAUCUCUUGAGUGCCAGUUCUGCCACUCCCUUGCUUCUACUUCUUCUCCUGCUCUUGACCCACAGCCUUUGGUGACCCAUGCUGCCUGCACACUUGGGGCUUCAGAAUGGCCACCUUGUGUCGAUAGACAGGUUGGAUCAACCAGCUCACAGUGACCGGACCCUGGUCUUUUGUAGGCUGAGCCUGAAGCAGAGGACAUCAAGGACAGAAGAAGAGCCCUGCUGGACCUGGCCAGUGGCCCAUCUAGACCAACAUCUCGAUCUCAUCAUGGCACUCAGUUGAUGCCCAGGGGAAGCUUGCAACAGCAGCUCUUCCCACCUACGAUUUCCAACAACUAGUGUUCAGAAGCGUAUCACCUCUGAAUAUUUUAAACAGCUUUGCCACCAUCUGAAAGAUCACCCUGUUUUUGUUCAAUAAGUGAAGAGAAACAAGGUGUAACUGAAAGAGGAAACAGAAACAGAAGAAGGGAGAAGAGCCAUUAAAAUAAGAACAGAGCACAUGGAUCUGCAAGGGGUGUUCUUCAAUGUGCCAG